AUGGAAUACUCAUGGAACGCCUACGUUCCACGAGUAAAGCUUAAUUGAGUAGGUACUUUAGAAACCGGGGCGUAGUCGUGACGAUCACAAUAUGGAAUGUUCAACAAACGACUAGAGAAUCUAGGUGCACUUUUAGGUUCCGAGCGUAGCGAGGGAGCAUUGGUUUUAUUAAGAUAUUUAUUUUUUUCUUUCUUUCUUUUCUAGUCUGAAGACACGUUUUUUCCUAGUAAACUUGCUGCUAUAUUUUUAUCUGUUACAUCUUUUCUUAAAGCUCGAGUUGCCUUAAUGGUACUUUAUAGCGAUCAUUUUUUGAUUUUCGAUGCUAUUUUUUCAAAUAAAAGCAUUUAAGUGGGAAAAACGUACAAUUCACGAUCUCAUUAUUUUAUAAAAAAACACCGACGACGUUUUCUACCAGGAAAAAUGAUUUAAUCAAAAUAUCACAAAAUACUAUUUUUAUUUACAUUCUUACGGUGUCAUCGUCAAAACUUUUGAGCUUUUAAAGAAUUUUAAUUUUUGGGAGUUUUUCUACUGUAAUUCAGUUAUAAAUACACACAGACUUGAAACUUGGUAAUAAUACUUAUAUUGGACUUAUCUAAACGUGGUAACAUUUUUAAAAUCAUCGGACAAUUUUUUUUUUUUUUUUAUAAGCGUUUUAAAAUCAAAUUAAAAUGAAAAACGUAAAAAAAAUUAUGGCACUUUAAAUUAUGUAUUACCGAACUCCGCUCGGAAUCGUCUUUCUCCAAAUAAUGGUUUAUCGUUGCUUAUAGAUAUAAAUGAAAUAACCUUGUUUAUCUUACCUAAUUUUAAAAUAAUGAAAUCGUGAAAUUGUACGUUUUCCUUCGUUUUUUCCAACUUAAGUGCUUUUAUUUAAAAAAUGGCGUCGAAAAGUCAAAAAAUAAUUCGUAGGAAAAUGUGUUUUCGGAACCCUAUUUUGUUGGACAAUUUUUACACAACGAUGAUAACAUGCAAUCACAGAGUGCUCAUGAUGAAAUUAUAUUGAAAAGUUCCGACAAAAUACUUUCCGAUUAAUUAUUUUUCUGAAAAAAAUCUUUCUGACUUAAUAUUUUUCCGACAAAAUACUUUCCAACAAAUUAGAGCCCUGCAUCAACACAUUGAGUUCAGUUGGAGGGAGAGUAGUGGAGUAUCAUGUAUAUGGCGCCUCAGCGCGUGGCGUUUUAUUAGUGUUCAACUAUUCUCCCUCUAACAUAAAUUACAAGUGAAAUAUCUCGUCAACAGGUGACGGAAAUCAAAAAUGUUAUCAAUACAUUUUUUUUAGAGUAAUACUCAGUCUAUUUAUGAAAUUUUAAUAUAGGUUCCCAUAUGAAAAACCAAAGUUAGUGUCGCCACAGGAUACUCCUUAAGUGUUGUGAAUAAUCUAUGUAUUCGAAAAUAUCGGCUUUAAGUACACUUAAAAAUUACAAAAAUCAGAAUUAGACUACAUACUAAAUUUAACUAAAAUAAUGGGACGAGCACGCGUAGUGAAUCAUUCUGUAUAUAUAUUACAAUUAAAUCCGUACGAUCACACACACACUUUAACGAUUUUACAACGUAUUACGUCACGAGCUUAUUCGGGAUCUAUUCAAGGAUUUCUGUGCAAAAGCCAAUUGUAUACUAAUAAAAUAUUUCAUUACUUUAAAAAUACAAUCAAUUCAAUUUUAAAUAAAUACCUAUCCAAAUUAAUUAACCUUUACUUGUUUACAUAUAUCUUAUAACUACAAAGUUCAGUUUAAGUGCCAUGCAAUAUAAUUUAUUCAUUGCAUAAGGGUCUUUUAAUUUAGUUUGUACACCAACUUUACAUCCUGUUAUCACAUUUACUCCGUAGUAAUUUUGUACAACAAUUUUAUAGGAUUAUUAUCCAAGUUUAGUUUUUUUUAAAAAAUUCAAUACAUUUCUGUUAGAAGUGAAUUUGAAUUUUGGCUCGAAGAAAUAUUAAAAAACCCUAAAUUAAAAUUUAAAUUCUGAAUGUAGCGAAGAAUGUAUUGGUUUUACAAAGCUGUUUAUUUUUUUUAUGAAAACUUUUUCUGUCUGUAAGCUUACUCCAAUGUAUACGAAUGUAUACCUUUUUCUAAAAGAAAAUUUUCUUGAGGUGGUACUUUAAAGAAGUAAUUUUUCGAUUUUCUCAGUUUUCUCAACAAAUGUGAAAAACCGGAAAAAAACGUAGGGAAAACGGAAAAUCAGUAAAAUAUUAAACGAAUAUUAAUAAAAAAAAAAAAUACAUAAUGGCCUAUUUUAUUAUUUUACCACAAUAUGACAAUUAUAUUGUUGACGAAGCAUCAUUAUCAACUGAACUGAAUCGUUUUUUUUCAUUAGCAAUGAUUGCAAAUGAUCAUUAGGUUGCUUACAGAUAUACAUUAAAUUCCCAUCUAUAUCCUGUCUUCCCAACUUCACACCUACAACAGCGGCUGCACCCGUCCCCAUUAUCCUAGGACGGCUUUUUUUUAUUCGUAACGUCUCUUUACCGGCUCGCUUCAAGUAUACAAUAUUCUGUUACCACCGUGUUUGAUAACGCUGAUAAUAAUAAUAAUAAUAAUAAUAAUAAUAAUUAUUAUUAUUGCAAUAUCAUUUGUACCUACAUGUAAAACAAUUAUUAUUAUUAUUGUAUAAUGUACGGGCACCCGUAAUAUGUGUCACGUGGUUAUUGCCGGACAAUCGCGUACCGCUUCGUAUCAGCUCGUACGUCCCCAUCCAUCAUUCGUUUCAUAAUUUGUAUCGUUACGUAACGAAUAAUACACCCGUACGUUAUUGUAGCAACGUGUCACGGAAAGUAUUCCGCCGAAUACCGUCCGCAGUCAGUCUGCCGAGUGAUGUUGAUAAAACAAAAUAUAAAUAGGUACCCAUUUGUGUACAUUAUUAUCGGCGGUUUACAGUUGUUCGCGUGUUUACCUGCGUCGACGUCUGUUCGCAAUCCCAACCAGGACGGCUUUUCGCCAAUCGCGUAGGUAUACAAAAUUAUAUUAUUGGUAUGUACCAGUAGAACGCGUAAAUAUUUAAUCGAUAUUAUUGUGUUUUCCACGUCGCGAUGGGGGAUUAUUGGAUAAAUCCCUCCCGGAGGACGGGUAUCGCAUUGUCCAGUUCAUCGCGGAUAAUAUUAAAUAAAAUAAAACGCUUUCAUAAAUACUUUGUGUACAUCCUGUACGAAUAAUAUUACAAACGGCUACAGAAAUAUUGUCAAAUAAUUUAAUGUACGUACCGGCUUGAUGUGACGCGGGAAUUAUUUCAAUCUUAAUUGGUACAAUUUACAAAGGGUGCAAGAUCUAUGAAUGUACAACAUUAAUCAGUUUGUGUUCGUGAUUUGUAUUUCGUAUCGUAUCGACUUUUAUUUGUACUCUCUGCGUCAUUGGGUAUUUGUAAAAGGCAAAAACUUGAAUUUAGUUGAAUUAUUUCGUUUUAUUUUGAUCAAAUAUUCGUUGUCAAUACACUUUAGUUCAGGUGUGGUGAAACGGGAGGCGGGUGUUCUCACCCCGUUAUUAUGGUUACAUUAUGCACAGAUUCAAAUUCUGAUAUUUGGAAUUUUUAAGCGUUGUGAAAGACGAUAUUUUCAAACACUUAGAUUUUUCACAACGCUUAAGGAGUAUCCUGUGAUAAUACCCAGUUUGAUUUUUCCAACUGAAAACCUACAUGUUUUAAUGCAAAUUGUCAAUCGAGUGAUUUGCCUGAAAAUAUUGACGUAUUUUAAUCAAAAUUUAAACGAACAAUGUCAGAGUUAUUCUACAUUAAAUACUAAAGAGCAAUAACUGCACGAUUCAAAACAAGAAAUUAUCUACACGCAGUUGAUAUCCGAACCCCGUAAAGUACUACUAUCCUCAGUAUUUAAAUCGAAAUAGCUCAGAAAUAUUUCGUUCAAAUUUCGUUUAUAAUAUGUCGAAAUUUCGAAAAAAAAAAAAAUCAUUACUUUGUUUAAUUUGCAUUAAAAUAUGUAAGUUCUCAUUUGAAAAACGAAUCAUCACAGGAUAUUCCUUAAAAUAUUCCAUACAAUAUUUAAUUUCGUGAAAACUCUAAGCGUGUAAAAAAAAUAAAUACAAAUUCCAAAAAACAGAAUUUGAUUUUAGAUUUGCAUAAUUCAACCAUACAAAUGGGGUGAGCUGUAAGUAUGGUUAACAAAUAAACCUGUAUAUUAUACUAUACCUUUGUAGAUAUAAAAAGAAAUGUAGUGUAAAUAAUAAUAGUUCAUACAAAUUAUCUUUAUCCCCCCCCCCUCAUUUAUGAUUAAUAUAUUAGUUAUUUUAAUUAUAUAUGAACUCAGCUAAUUAUAAAACCUUUUAAAGAUUUAUUCAGAUAUUUAUCUAUAAUCACAGACAUAUAAAAUACAAACAAAAUCUGUAACCACGCGUGAUCUAUAAUCUGCAUACGAAUAUUGUGAAAAAUGAAUAAUGAGUCAAAAAGAUGUUUUUUGAUUAAAUUUAUUUAUUUGAUUAUUAUCAUUAAAUAUCAGCUAAACAAGUAACUCCAUAUUAACUAAAAAAAAAAAAAAGGCCAUGGGGGAGUUCUUCCCCAUAUCCUCCCCCUCGUGAGAAAGCCCGUAGAUAGAACUACUAAAUAGUAUACAAAUUAAUAGUAAUUAUUUCUUCGAUUAGUACAUAAUUUGAGGGCAGAUUGUAUGAAUUAUUAAUUAUCUACUAACAAAAUUAUAUAAAUUAAAAAUCUUUAUUUUAACCCAGAUACACGUUAUACAAUUUGACACAAUUUACAAAUUCAAUAUCUUUCUUCUUGAAAAAAUCCUAAAUACGCCACUGCUACACAAUUAAAUAACUAAUCAUGGUACAUUCCUUUUGAAAAUACAUACACUUCUGCAGUUUAUACCAAAAAAUAGAAAGGGUAAAGUAACAUUUGACAAAAUGUUUUGAAAAAUGUUCUCCUCUGAGUUUAAAGAUAUUAUUGAUAGGAUUGUAAACAAUUUAAUUUUUGUAUUUUGUACACCUAUUAUAUUUAAAUAUUAUUUAUAUUUGAAUAUUUUGUGUUGCAGGCUACACAUAAUAUUAUAAACAACAUCAUGAACACAACUCGCAAAGAAGAAAAACCGCUCAAUCCACGAGCUAAGGCUAAUAUUGUUGAAAUUAUUACUCACAGGUAUGAUUAACGGAAUUACACGAGGUCAGUGUACUAUUUGAAAAACAUUGACAUUCUUCGUAAUUAGUGUAUUUACAAAAUAGUUUUUUUUUUUUUUUUUAAUUUAACCCGUAAUUUUCGCAUAUUUUAAUUGCAUACAUAUUUUAAAUUCAAUAUUGAAGAUAAAAUAUUAUAAGAAUGUGAAGUUGUAUGCGCGUGUAACCAAUAUACAUAUUGUUUUAUUAAUACGUGUUGCAGUAAACAUUCAUAUAAACUACUCGAGAAUUUUUAACGAUAAAAUAAUGUGUUGUAUAAUUCCGAAUUUUUUCGUUAAAAACUGAUAAUAUAAAAUAAACUUAUCUAUAUACUUAUAGAGUGAGACAGAGAGAAAAUUGCAAUAAUUUUUAAUAUACUAGUAUGUAUAUUUCUUCCUACAUCAUUUCCAGGGGGUUUUAAUAUGAUGUGUGUGUAUUAUUUUUUUUUUUGUGAAUAACAUUUCUACCAGAAACUUACUCCAAAGUAUAGACUGUAGAGCACUGUUGGUGAAUAGUAAUUUUCUCUGGUUGGUGUAUUGGGGAGGUUAUGUUUUGAUUUUUCAAGAUGUUUUAGAAAUAAUUGGGAAAACCCCGAAAGAAAAGAAUAAGUAAAACGGAAAAUAUUCACGGUGGGCCGCGAGGUUACCGUUUCCAUUGGUUUUAUUAUGUUAACACGAUGUUUUCUACCGGAAAUAUUGCUCCAAUCCAAAAAUGAUAAGAUAUCGAUUUCAUUUCAUAUAAUAUUUUAUUAUUGAUAGUGUAACGUCCCGGUUUAAUUAUUUUAACAUGUUACAUGUUCAAUAGAAAUAUUACUCCAAUCGGAAAAUUGCAAGAGAUCAAUUAUAGAUUCUAAAUGGAGCGAUGAAGAUUAUACUUUUACAAAGAUGUUUACUUUUUUUUUAUCUGUGCGCAACUUAAAAAUCUGAGCAAGUCUUCUGAUGGAAAAGUCGCGUACAGAUAAAAUAAAUAAAUAAAAUAAACAUCUUUGUAAAAUCAUAAUGUUCUUCGCUACACUCAGAAUUUAUAAUUUAUCAGAAGACUUGCUCAGAUUUUUGAAUGUAACACUUUUUUUGAAAGGAAAUCGAUGUAGGGAAGUACAUAAGGAGGUUUUUCCUGUCUACUUUUCGGAUUUCUCAUCAAAUUAUAAAAACCAAAAUAAUCGGAAGAAAAACAGGAAAAUGUACAAAAUAUACUGCUAAAAUAUUAUUACUAUUUCUUUCUUCCUGUGAACAACUUUUCUACCAUCAAUUUCGCCCCAACUUAUAAUAACAGCAAUGUUUCAAAAAGGAAAUUUCACUGAAAAGGUACUUUAAAGAGGUCAUUUUUCAAUUUUCCUAAGAGUUUUCUUAGAAAAUGUGAAAACCGGGAUAAAAUAUGGGAAAACCGAGAAAAUCGAUACAACAUUAAAUAAGUAUUAUUAAAGAAAAUAUAAAAAGUAUAUUUAAUUAUUUUGCUAUAAAAUGACAUAUAUUGCUGACAGAAUAUCAUUACCAACUGAACUCCGUUCAGAAUCGUUUUUUCGUAAGCAAUGGUUUAACAUUGCUUACAAGUAUAUAUUAAUCUAUCUAUAACAGUGGCUGCAUCCAUCCCCAUUAUCCAAGGACGUCUUCUUUUCUUUUCUUUUUUUUAAUACAUAAAGUAUUCCUCAUAAUAUUUGGAAAAACCCAAAAAAGUCGAAAUAUACGUUUUUCUUUUUCAAAUUCCAGCAUAACAAUUUCAUUAUUUUUAAUAUUAACAGCUUAUAUUUUCUACCAUACAUAUUGCUUUUAUAGAUUAACGACAAGAGAAAUUUUUAAAUAAGAAAUUGACAUUAUAACAACUCAAACAUUCCAUGAAUAUUUUUAAAAUUUUACCACGUUAAAAUUCAGAUACAUAAAUAUUCGGGGAAAAUGUUAAUACUACGAUUAUUAUUCACUAAUUUAUAUAACGAAAAACCCAAAAUCCAAAUUAUCCUGAUAAAACGACUUUUUUUUUUUUUUAAAUUCCACGCGUUUCUAUUAAACAAUUAUACCCACACAUAGUACGUAUCAAAUAAAAAUUACGUAAAGAACUGGAAAAUAUAAAAUGCUCAUAAAUAGCUCAAAAAUAUUUUCACAGCUAGAUAAUUUUUCUAUCAAAAUAUCAUGUCUCUAGGAAUAUUUUUAAAUGAAUUAAAAUAUUUCAAAUUCAAAAUUGAAAAUAAUUAAAUCAUUAUUUCCGUAAACUUUCCCAUUCUUUCUACUUUUUUUCCCAGUUUUGUUUUAUUUUUAAGAAAACUACACGAAAAAUCAAAAAACAAUUUAAUUAUUUAAUAACUAGAUUAAAAAUUAAACAAAAAAGAUAUUUGCCAUUUUUCCAUAAAACAAUAUUUUACAAAAAUUAAAAAUAAUUAAAUCGGUAACCCCACGGCCGUAAAUAUUUGUCAGUAUUUCGUGUAAUUUUUUUUCGGUUUUUUCCGAUUAUUCUGAAAACACCUCCGUAAAUCAAAAAAUAACCUGUAUAAUAAACCAACUACAUUGAAAAUGGAACAAAAAGGUCUCGUAUUAUUUUUCGAUUGGAACAAGAUUUCUGGUGAAAAAUUUGUUUUUAGAUUUCAAAAUAAAAAACAAAUAAGUACACAAUAUCAUAAUAAGACCAAUAUAUCCCUCGCUGCGCUUAAAACUUAAGAAUAAACAACACAUCUAAGAAUAUCAUUAAUACGAUUAAAUAUGUUCAAAUUUGUAUGAUUUUCAUACAUAAAGCGAUUUGUGCAGACUUCAGACAGCUGAUACAAUAACAAUGUCUAUUUUACAUUCAACAUUUUUGGAAUUGAAAUGUAUAUUGUGUAAUAAUAUAAUAUUGUACAUUUUCGUUCAGUUGGAUCAUACAACUCAUUAAAAAAGGACUGGAAAAAGAUUUAGGUCUAAACGAUUUGUACGCAAUUUUGGAUGAAGAUUCGUCUGCUUUACUGGGAAACAAAUUAGAAAAGUAAACAUUAUAUUAUAAUAUAUAAUAUAUUAUACAUAUAAUUGUGAAAUGUAUAUACAAUAAUUAAUGUAUAAUAAUUUUUUGUUUUAGAAUAUGGGAAGACGAACUGAUCGGUUUGAAAAAAAAAAAUCUAAAAGCAAGUUUUCUGCGAACGUUAUUUCGAAUGUUUGGACGAACGUUUAUAGUCGUCGGAUUGAUUUUCACGAUAAUGGAGAUUUGUAUAAGGUAUGUAGGUAUUAUUUCUCAAAUAAACUCAAUCAGUGGUGAUAUUAUCACUACUCGCUAGAGCAAUGCUUGAAAUCCAACUUUUUUUUUUAAAUGUUUAAACGUAUAGAUGAUGUUUAAAAUUUAACUAUACAACUAUUGUGGGUGCACCUUAUCAGUCUAUUCAACGUGAUGAUGUUUAAGAGGCGAAUAAACAAUUUAAGAAUAAUUUAUUAAGUUAUAAAGGCCAUUUAAGGUCAUCAGCCGAUAAUACUAUUUCUUAUUUCUUUUAUAUAAUAUGGUCCAUAAUAUUUUAAAAAUGAAAGUAAAAUUAUUUCAAAUAAAAUUAUUCAUCUUCGCGUACAGAUGUUAAAUUUCCCCUUUACCUCUUCAACUUCUCACUUAAAACACUGGCUCACCCAUUGUGUAAAGUAUGUCCGUUUGUUUUUAAGUGCUGAUAUUGUUAUAAGUUUUUGAUAUAAAUUUUUAAAAUUAUCAGUAAACUGUUGGUCUACCUCUUUCACAAAUACAUAUACUAUAAAAUCUUUAUCAAAAUAACUAUAUUUGAACUGAAUUGGAAACUAAUAUUUUUUUCAUAUUUCAAAACUUUUAUCUUUAAUCAGUUUACUUAAUUACCUUGCAUAUCAUAUAUUUUUAAUUAUCAAAUUUGUUAAGAUUUUUAAGUCUGAAAAUACUAUGUACUUCAACUUUAGUUCUUUCACUUUGUAAUUGGAACAUUUUUUAUUGCCUAGUGAGCAAGAUGAUAAAUAAUUAGCUAAUCAUGCAUAGUAUAAACUGGAACCUUUUUUUUUUUUUUUGGCCGAUUCUAUUUUGCACUAUGUCUACUUCCAUGUAGAAAUGCCCGCUUCCGUAAAAUUGUGUGUUUUAAUUUCAACCCUUGAAUGGAAAUAUAUAGAAAAAAAGCUGCUAUAAAUUGGUUUCGAUAUUGAUUAGGAUACUACAUAGAUAUUGUUCAUGAUUAUCAAGUUUAUCAAGUUCUUUAUAAUCGUGACAGUUCAUAAAUGAAACUUUAUAAGUUAUGGUUUAAUAGAUGACGUGUUAGAAAAUAUGUCGAUUAUUUUAUUUUUGUUGUGUUGAAAAUUUUAGACUGGGUUUGUGGUCUACACAAUCACUGUAACUCCUAACUUCUUAGUGGUGUAACUUCUAACCUCACCCGCUGCGUACGUCACUGAACGUAUUUGAUUUCACGUCAAUAUUGUAAUAAUUUUGCAAAAGUAUUGGAAUACAAAUUAAUUUUUUUAUUUUUCAAAUUUAUCCGUCAGUAUUGGCGUUACGACUAUUGUGGGACGAAUAGUCAAUCAUUUCGAAACCAAGAAAUUGGAAGAGCAAAGUCCGUCCGGGAUUUAUUUAGCCGUAGCCCUGAUAACGGCUCUGUUAGUUCGAACGAUUAUGUACAGUUGCUGUUAUUUGAUGUUCGCUCAUUUGGCGAUGAAAAUUCGAAUAGCCACGUGCAAUCUCAUUUAUAAUAAGGUAAGAGAAUCGUACAAAAAAAAAAUUGAAUAACAAUCAAACAAUCUUUAAAUCAUCGUUUUAAUUUUUUUUUUUUGUUUCCAGGCGUUACGAAUCAAAAUAAACUCUUCCUACAAGACUUCGACCGGGAAAAUUGUGAAUUUAAUGGUAACCGAUGUUAACCGAUUCGAACAAACUAUUGUGUACGUGUCUUUUAUGUGGAUAGGUCCAUUAGAAACGAUCAUCAUAACGUAUUUUCUAUGGCAAGAAGUAGGCGUGUCAUCGUUACUUGGCGUGGGAACUUUAAUCGUUUUCAUACCGUUACAAUGUAGGUACCUAUAUUAUAAUUUAUAAUAAAGUACAAUUAUUUUAUUUUAAAUAUUUGGCAAAUUUUCUAGUGAAUUUAUCUCCCUCUAAAUCAAUUUCAAAAAAAAAAAAAAAAAAUUAAUUUUAAUAAUGGAUUUGUUAAUAUUACACAAAUGAUGAUAGUGCUUUUAAUAUAAAAAACAUUUCGAGGAAUUUAAAAAUAUUGAUAAAACAGCCGUACAAUCUUUUUUAUAAAACAAAAAGGACAUCGAAAAAUGUGAUAACGAGAUUUUGAGUUGUUAACCGAUAUUAUUAUCUCCGAGGAACAACUUAGUAACUAUAUUUAUUUUUUUCCGUUUCUAGAAUAGACAACACGUUCAUACAAAGCCAAUACCCGUGACUAUUGUUAAUAAACCAUGAUGAUUAUUCAUUCGUACAGAGCGGUUUAAAUAUAGUAGAGCUGGAACAAUAACACUUUUUACCGAUAAAUAUUGCCGAUCUAAAUCCGAUAUUUUAUUCCCGUGAACCGAUAAUAACAAACUUAAAAAACCGGUAUAUUAUUCGAAAACUGAUAUCAAAUAAUAAUUAUUAAAAUUAUUAAUUGGUUUAACGAUUUUACUGUUAGCGUAUACACUCGCUGAUAGCUCGCAACUUAUGAUAAAUAAUAAUUGUCAAUUGAUUGUGAUUUGUGACAAUAAUAUUAUUAUCAAUUAUUAUUUAAUAUCCGCACAUCACAUCGCGGUUACUGUGUUUACUGUUUACCAAAUGAUUUAAAUUUAUAAAAUGUGUCUGAAAAUAACGUUAUCGAUAUAACCCCACCACAGUGGCGCGGCGAAGUGAAAUAUUUUAUCGGGCAAUUCAUUUUUUUUUUUUAAUGACCUACCACCACCCGUCGACUCUUAGGCAUUGAUCAUUAUCAUUACCCGUGAAUAAAUGUGCAACAAAUUAUAAAUAUAUAACAUAUAAUACAAAAAAUUCUGGGCUGAUGGCUUUUCCUAGAAUACUUAUUAUUCUUAUUUAAUAUCAUAUGACACAUUCUGAUAAAGUUAAUCUUGUACGACAAUUUCGCCACAGACUCCAGUGCUCAACCACCGGGCACCCACCCACCCACCACUUAAAAUUAUCGGGCAAUCGCACCUCAAAAUCACGGCCAACGCGCCACUGCUAUUACACGCAAAUUGACAAUGCGGCUGCAUUGUAUCGGUUCUACUAUCGGUUCGGCGCAAAAAUCGAUAGCCGAUAUACCGAUAGUGCCGAUAUCGGCCGGUAUUAAUAUCGGGCAUCGGUACCGGCCCGGCUCUAGAAUACAGGUACACUGUAGUGUACUCUGGGUCAAUGUGCAAUGCACAACGCGUACUGGACAACGGUACAUAAAUAUUAUUCGUGAUUUCGCUACGUUUAAUAUUCAGUUUUUAUUUGAUAAAUAAUGUUUAAUUGGAAAUGUUCAUUUUAAGGUUACUAUCGACCAUACCGAUUAGUGUAGCGAAAUAAUUGAUGUAGACAGUACAAUUAUAUAUAUAUAUAUAUUAUUAGUGUGUCCAACCGUGUUCGACGGAUUUUCCUAGCGCUGUUAAUAUUAAAUUUUUUUGAUUUUUUUCCGAGGGGGACAUCGAUUUGGAGAAAAAUAAAAAAUAAUUAUUUUCAUCCCCUAAAGGUAAAAUAAAAAUAACUUUUUAUUUAUUCGUUUUGAAAGUUUUCAAAGUAGCCAUUUAUAUCCGAUAUUAAUAUCCAAUAAAAUAACACGUUAUGCGAUAAGGAAUUACAAUCAGUACGGCAAUUAUUUACCUUUUAUUGAAUAUUAAUUGUUUUCACUCCUAUUUUCAAGAAAUUAAAAUGGCUAUAAUUAAGAAACUUUAAAUUGAAUAUGAAUGUAUGAAACGUUGACAUUUUUAAAUACAUAACAUAUAUUACUAUAUAAGUACUAAUUUAAAUUGAGGUUUUAGGUUCCAGAAUUAGUUCUUGUCGGUUUAGGUCCAGGCUCUGGUAUAAACCUAUUUUUAAAUUGUUACUCAUACCCAAUCCUUGAACGUAACAUUAACUGAACCUUAAAACAGCUAAAUCCAAUUUUAUUAUUUUCUAGGAGACAGUUUUAUACAUUUUGAUAAGCAUAACAUUAAUAGUUUAGUAAAUUGAUGUUAUUUUAUAAAAUACUAAAGUAGAAAGUAAAAAAAUUAUGAAUAUGAAAAAUAGUUUUUCCAUUCCAUGAAGUCCCUUGGUUCAUUAUAGUGUCCUUAAGUCCAAUAAUAAUUUUCUGAUUUUUUCCAAACAUAGUUUAAAAUACUCGUGGAUGAAGGCUAGUAAAGAUUUUAUAAGAAAUGAUUUGUUUAAAAAUCACAAUAAAUUCGGGUAUGAAAGAGUUAAGGAAAUGUAUUCUCUUUCAAAUUUCUAUACAAUAUACUUAUGUAAAUAUGACCAAAAUAUCUAGUCUUUGGCCUGGUUAAAUUUCAGUUUUUGCUGAUUUUCAUCAGUGUUUAACAGUGCCGUAACUACCCUCCGUAGCACCCUUGGCGAAUUUUAUUGUGGUGCUUAUUUUUAUCUCAUUUUUUAGAUAUAAUUUUUAUAAUUUUAUUAUAUUACAUUCUUACGUGUUAAUCAAAAUGCUGUUAUAUUUUUUAAAUUAUAGUAAAUGAGUUAUAAUGAUUUAACUCAAAUGCGCCCCCUUCCUUUGCUGUGCCCUCGGCAACCGUCCAUUUCGCCAAUCUCUAGUUACGGCACUAAUGUUUAUUAAUUAUAUUAACAUACUCACUUUCGAUUCCCUUGAUUAAAUUUAAUAAGUAAUUGAUAGUCUGAGUCUCUGAAUCAUAUAGCAGCUUACCCAUGGACGUAUCAUAACGUAUUAAUCACAAAAUGGCCGACAACUACAGGGUUAAUAAAAAAAUGUUCGUGAUCUAAGCGCGUCAAAAGCACAAUCAUUUUGUAGGUAUAAUUUUUCGGAUUUUAUAAAAAAUCAAAACUAAUAUAAUUAUUGUUCACGUCAUUUAUCAGGAUAACAUACGUAUACUCUCCUAACAAUUAUAAAAUAAAUCAUCUAUUUCGGUCAGAAAUAACAUAGGUAUAAGUAGUUUAAUAAAUUCUAAACACCAUAUACUAUUUCAAAUUUCAAUAUACAUGUUAUGUUUUUAAGUAUGGUUGGGUGUGAAAACGUCAGAUAUUCGAUUCAAGACGUCAGAACUGACGGACAAGCGAAUGCAAUUGAUGAAAGAAAUCAUUUCGGGUUUACAAGUGAUCAAGAUGUACACGUGGGAACAGUUUUUCCGUAAUCUAGUAACCUACGUCAGAAGGUGAUAUAAGAAUGAAUGCCGAUGGUUCUGUAAAUAAAUUAUCAAUUAUCGAUUGCACAUUACAGGAAAGAAAUAAAUUCGAUUAAAAAAUCGUUGUACAUCAAAGGUAUUUUGUCUUCAUUCUUUUUAUACAACACGCGGAUCGCGUUGUUCGUAAAUUUGUUCGUGUACGUAUCGCUCGGAAACUAUAUAACUGCAUCAAAGGUAUAUCUAAAAAUAUUAUAUUGUACGUUAUUAAUUUGUUAAUAUUGUUUAGUGCAGUAAUAUUACGAAAUGUUUCCGAUUUAUAGGUAUUUGUAAUCAUGUCGUAUUAUAAUUUUUUGCGGAUGACGAUGACGAUAGCAUUUCCGCCAGGAAUCGGUAAGAUCUCCGAACUGCUUGCUUCUAUCAAAAGAAUCGAGGUAGUUAUUUGCAAAUGAUUUACGAUUACAGUAAAUGUUUCAUUCAAAUAAAAAAAAAACGUGAAAUAUUUUAGCCAGAUAGACUUUAAAUCACAUUUUGUUUUUUUUUAAAAAAAAAUUGGGUACAUCCUUUUGAAUAUUUUCAAAAUGGUAAACAUUUCAGUACUUGUAUGUCUAUUACAAUUUAAACGGAAACGUCUAUUUUGAUAAUCAUAUCUAAAUAAACCCAAUUGUUUCAAAUAACUAAGAACAGUACAAUAUUUUUUCUAUCUCAAAAAUUGCCACGGAUACAACAAAAAGAAUUUUAAAUAAAAGUAUGCUAGAUUUGAAUCGGAGCAAAGGAUCUGUUGGUUUUAUUAUAUUAUAUACUUUCUUUUUCUGUCAGCAAAUAACUUUUGAAAAAGAAAACUUGCUGCGAAAUAUCAAAUGUAGCAAUUUUUUUUGAAAGGAAAUUUUAUCUAGUUGGUGCAUUAGGCAGGUUAUUAUUUUAUUUACCUAGGGAUAUUCUAAAUAACUGGGAAAAAAUAAAAAAAUAUUUAGAUAAAAUGGGAAAUAUUUACUGUGUGCCACGGUGAUAACAAUUUCAUUGUUUUAAAUUUUUAAAAACUAUGUUUCUACUAAAAAUAUUACUUUAAUCAUUUUUUUGAUAUUUCCAAGUAGUUUUCAUAAUAAUUUGAAAAACCAGAAAAAGAUGAAAAAUAAAAACUGAUAAAUUUACGACGUUCUCAUUCCUUAAUUUUAAGUUUUUACAAUUUAUGUUUUCUACCAGAGAUUUGCUCCAAUAGAAAAACAAAAAAAUGGCCUUUUUUUGUUAGAUUUUAGAUUCUAAAUGGAGCAAAGAAACUUAUAGUUUUACAAAGAUAUUUAUUUUUUUUAAUUGUGUGGAACUUUUCUACUAGAAGUCUUGUUCCGAUUUACUAUGAUAGCAAUUUAUUUAAAAGGGAAUCUGAAUAGAAAGAUAAUUUAAGAGUUAUUUUUUUGAUUUCCCCAGGAUUUUUACCAGCAAAUGUGAACAACCGGGAAAAACGUAGGAAAGACGAUGAAAUUGGUACAUUAAAAAAAUUGUAUUAAAGAAAAUAUAUAGAUAAAUGCCUAUUUAAUUAUAUUACCUUAGUAUGACAUAUUAUAUAUUGUUAACAAAGUAUCACUUUUAACUGAACUCCAUUCAGAAUCGUUACUUUCGUUAGCAAUAGCUUUUAUCAUUCCUUACAGGUAUUCAUUAAAUUACCUAUAAUAGUGGCUGCACCCAUCCCCAUUAUCAUAAGACGUCUUUAAUGUUAUUGGUGAUAAUUGAGGAAAACUGGAGUAAAACAUAAAAACAACAAGAAAGUUUACGAAAAUAUAAUGAUUUCAUUAUUAAUUCAGUUUAAAAUAUUCUUGGAGACUUGAAAUUUCGGAAAAAUAAGUUGUGUUUGAAUUUUCUAGACGUUGAAAAAUUGUAUUGAAACAAUUGAUUGUUUUUUGUGUUGUUUAUAAGUAUUUUCUGUUGGCGAGUUUUUUACGUAGUUUCUAUUUGGUAUGUAAUAUUGUGAAUAUCAUUAUUUCACUGAACAAAAAGGCUUGACAAUUUAACAGGAGAUUCGUUGUAAGUUGUAGUGUUAAAACAAAAAAAGUUGAGUGUAAUGCAGUUUUGUAGUUUUGAGUGUAAUUUUAUUUUUUUUUAUAAGAGUUAAUAGAAAAUGUUGACAAAAAUCGUAAAUAGUAUGGUCAUUUUAAACAUGUAUAACCGAACUUUGCUCUGAAUUGUUUUUCAUUAGUCCAUUGCUAAUGAAAUUUUAAAUUUAGUAUCAAAAAGUGUAUUUUGUAAACUUCGGUCUUACUAAAAAAAAAAAAUCCAUUACAAUCCAAGUCCAUCUGGCUGAUAUAUUAUUAGUGAAAUAUGCUAUUUUAUUUUUAUUUUUAAAUGUAUUGCUGUCUAGUUUCGUUUCAAUAAUAUUAUACAAUUCAAAUAUUUAGGAAUUUCUUUUGAGUGACGAAAAAGACGAACAAUCGAUAAGCGCUGAAAAUGCAAUAACGAACGGGUACGAAAAUCUCAACUAUGAUAAUUGUUACUCCGAUACCUGCGAUAGCGCGAUACCGGUGACGGUGAGAAACGAUAUUAUCAGCAGCAGUGGGAAUGGCGAGAUAAUCAUUACCAAUGUUUCGGCGAGAUGGACUGACAACAAUUCUCUGAAAAAUAUCAAUUUAGUCGUAAAACCGGGUCGAUUGUACGCGAUAAUCGGCCCGGUAGGUGCAGGAAAAGUACUUUAAAAAAUACAAUAUGAAUAAAAUUAAAAAAACACCCGUGCGCAGAACUUCGUUACUAGAGUCAAAUUUUUCCUUAACUAACUUGUCACCGUUAUAAUAUAUGUUUUUAGAUUUUGAGCCUAUUAUUUAGGAAACCAUUAUUACAAUAAUACGUUUCUAAUGCAUUUUUUUUUUUAUGUAAACAAUUUUAAAAAAUAAUGUAAAAAACCAAAAAUUAACCCCUAUUUACAAACUUCAUUUCUUUUGAGGCACGUGAAAGGGUUAACUUAUCAUACCCAAAAUGUAUCAUCAUUAAUCAUUUUUGCAAUAUACCUAACAAAGUUUCGAAGCUACGACACAAAAUUAUUUAAGAUCAAAAAUAAGAACUACCCUAAUAUACAUCAUGGGCAUAGACAACAUAAUAUUAUCCCCUUGUCUUUAUUAGAGGGUCUUUAGGAGUGUACAAAGUUUAAAAAAAUACCUUUUCCCUGAAAAAAAUUAUGAAACUCGACCUAAAUGUUGUCAUUUCAACUCUAAUUACCAAGUUUGAGCACAUUUAGUGUAGAUGUAAUUCACAAGUAGCUGGGAAAAUGACACAUUACAUUACAAUAGUCUCCAUUUCCGGCGAAAAUUCGACAAAAGUGUUAAAAAGUAUGGUAAUAAUAUUGCUAUUGUUAUAUUUAUGUAUAGAGUUCGUUAUUACAAUCGAUUUUACGAGAAUUGCCGCUUUCGGAAGGCAGCGUUUCCGUGUCCGGCGUAGUUUCGUAUGCUUCACAAGAACCGUGGUUGUUUGGAGGAUCGAUACAACAAAAUAUUUUGUUCGGAUCACCGAUGGACGAAGAACGAUACAAACAAGUAUUUUAUACACGUUUUACUAUUGAUCGUUACAAAAAAUAAAUAAAUAAAUAAUUAAUGUUUAUUAUUAUUGUUAUUUGUAUUAAUUACAUUAAAAUAGGUUAUACAAGUGUGCGCGUUGAAAACAGAUUUUAAACAGUUCCCAUACGGCGACAGAACGAUUGUCGGCGAUAGAGGAGAGUCUCUUAGCGGAGGACAAAAAGCGAGAGUAAAUUUAGCACGGUAAGAAUAUAUUUCUCUUUCUCUUAUUUUUAAAGGUUAACGGUCUUUGUGACCAGUCCUUCAAGCAAAUACUUUAUCUUCCCUAUCUUCUCAUCAAAUGUGAAAACCUAAAAAAAAAGGAGGAAAAACGGGAAAAUGUACGAAUAUAUUAGUAAAAUAUUGCGAUGUUUUUUUUCUAUGGACAGCUUUUCUACCAGAGAUCUUGCUCCAAUUUAUAAUGAUAGCAGUUUUUCGAAAAGGAAAUUUAACUGGGAAGAUACUAUAAGGACAUUUUUAAAUUUUAUCAAAAGUUUUCCCAGCAAAUGUGAAAAACUAGGAAAAAAACAUGGGAAAGCCGGGAAAAACGGGAAAAUCCGUACAUUAAACAAAUAUUAUUAAAGAUGAUAUUUACCUAUUUAAUUAUUUUAUCACAAUAUGACAUAUAUAUUGUUGAGAAUCGUUUUUUUCGUUUGCAAUGGUAUAUCAUUGCUUACAGGUAUACAUUAAUACUGUAAAUAAUAUAAACUUAUACUAAAUUACUUAUAAUAGUGGCUGCACCCGACCCUAUUAUCCUACGACGUCUUUCUGAAUUACAAGUACUAAUAAAAGUCCCGCGCGAAAUUACAAUAUUUCGAUAAUCAAAUUACGGAUACUGCAGCUGGGUAUAUUACUAACCAAACUUACAGUUAUGGAUAUUUUAAUCUAAUUUAAUAUGGUAAUAACUUACCUAAUAGAUUUUAGUGAUAAAAUAAUAGUUAAUAGUGAUUAGAAUUACAGUUACUAAGAUAUUGAUUUAUUUUAGAAUGUGAGUGGAGUGAGGAAUAUAUUGGUUUUACAAUGAUGUUUACUUAUUAUUAUUUUUAUUUUUUAUGUGAAAAUAACCAGAAAUUUUGCUCCAAUUUUUAAGAGUAGCAAUUUUUCUGAAAGAAAAUUUAACUGGGAUUUUUAAAAUUUUGAUUUUCCCUGGAGUUUUUAUAAUAAAUGGGAAAAUUCUAGAAAAACGGGAAGAUGUACGAAAUGUAUUAUUUUAAAAUCGUUAAUAUUUCUGCCUAUCAAAUCAUGUACAUCCGAAAUCCGCUUAUAAUCGAUUUUCGUUAGUAAUGAUUAAUCUUAAGGUACAGAUAUACAUUACAUUUUUCCUCUACCUUCCCAACUUUCACCUUAAACAAUAGCUCACCCAUCGAGUGGAGCAUGUCCGUUUUUUAUUUUUGUAAUAUGUUUCACAUUUCCAGAGCUGUAUACAAACAAGCUGAUAUUUAUCUACUAGACGAUCCUCUUUCAGCCGUCGACACCGGCGUCGGUCAGCAUUUAUUUGACGACUGUAUUAAAGGUAUGCAAAUUCAUAUAAAUUGUGCUUGAUUAAAUAGAUAUAACUAGAUAUGGUCCCAGGUUUUCCCGACACAAAACGUGCCAAGUGCUUUUCUGAUAAGCAGGGAAGGGGGGGAAGAAAGACGACCGCCUCCCCCCCCCCGGUGCCCAAUAAUGUUUCAUAUUUAUGGAACAUCUAAUACCAUUCAUUUUUGAUUCUUAAGUCUUACUUUCGAGAAAAAAUAACUCCUCAAAUAUUGUAAUAUUUCUCCCGCCUUCCUUCAUUGAAUUGACCUGAAAACGCCCUGGCACUCACUAAAUCAUUACUUGAUUUUAUCUGUUGUCGUAGUAGUUCUCCAUUUCUUAUACUGGCCGAUAUUAUAGCAUUGUCCAUAGAGCUACGACAUAUAGACCAGUCGCGGAUGAGAUGCGCAUACUAAUCGAAAACGUGGAACACGCUGUGAUAAUACAGCUACCUAUUUUGUCAUGAUAACGCAUUAUCGCGUCAAAUUAUUAAUUAUUAUUAUGAAUUCGUUUACUUUGCGUAAUAUAGAUUUCCUGAACGGAAAGACCUGUAUACUCAUUACCCAUCAGAUCCAAUACUUGACCAACGUAGACCACAUCGUUUUAAUGGAAAGCGUAAGUGCAGUAUUACUACGGUAUAAUCAGUGUCGCAACUAAGAAUUUGAUGAGAGAAAUGUCCACCUAAUUCAAUUACGCUCUUGUCCUCCAUAACUCAUUUUUGAACUUGCCUCUGGCGUUGGCGUUCGAUCGAAAAACGGAUAUCAUUAGAAUCUUUUUUGUAACAAUUGUUGAAUUGUUAAGGCAUAAUUUAUUAUUUCAGUAUGUAAGCAUACAAAUAUUUCUUUGUGCAUUUAGAAUAGAUGUUUUUUAGAUUUAAUACUAGUAAUUACAAAAACAAUACAACCUAUGGAGUGAUUUUUUUUAUCAUGAACCGACUCCAUUUUUGGAGGAUUUUAAGUGAAUUUGAUAUCUGUUUUUUUAACGAUUAUGGAAUCCUUAAAUAAUACCUUAAAUAAGUAUAUAAUUUUAUAUUUAAACAGGAACUCCCCCCCUCCUUUUAACAUGAACUUAGAUCAUGUUUUUUGUAAAAAUAUUGAUAUGCUAAAUAUUAAUUAUCAGAUUUACCGUAUACGAAUCAUAACCGUUUGAAGCUUUGGCCGGAAGAAUAAGGAAGAGUUAUCAAUUUAUCAUUUAAAAAUAUAUAUACAAUUUAUUACCCUUCUCUGCUCCUCCGGUUUAAACUAUAAGCUGUUAUAACUCAUAAACGGUAAAUCUGAUAUUAGUGUUAUUCAUAUCAUUUCCAGAAAAAUAUUCUCUAUUUGAAUUUAUAUUCAAAAAGGUGGGUUCUUAUUUGAAAAACAAAAUUAUAAGCUUAUUUAAUAUAAAUACAGUAAAAAUAAAAAAUAAAAAAUAGUUUUUAAACUAAAGCUUAAAGGAUUCCGCAAUAGUUAAAAAAAAAAAAAAACCAAAUUUAUUUAAAAUUCUCCGAGAAAAUGUCUGGGUCAUGAUAAAAACCAUCAGCCUGCAUACUUGAAUAAAAAAAAAUAAUCAAAAUAAUUAAUAUAUAUUACUGCAGUCAAAUAACCAUUUCACGUUACAAUAUCUAAUCGUUUUUUUUUCUUAAUUAAAUGUAAACAAACGCCGAUAAAUAAACCACGGUUUAAAGGGGUUGUCUCAAAUGUUGUAAUGUAUCUAAAUACAAAUAUCGAAAAUACAGUUCCUAUAUAAAUUUUUUCCAUCUUGUAUCUAUAUUUAGAUACUUUUGAAUAAUGUACCUGUAUCUGCAUUUAGAUACUAACUUAAAGUAUCUUAACACAGAACUGGUUUUCUCACACCGGUUGCGCCACUGGUCAUAAAUACUAUACCGAUAUAGACGAAGAGUAAACUGUUUGUCUGGCGUGAGUGAAUAAUUUCAACACGAUCACUCUAUAUAGGCGAAAAUUUUGGCGGAGGGUUCGUACGAUGAACUUCAAACGUCCGGUUUGUUCUUUACGGAAUUUCUCGGAUCGCCAUCGGCCGGAGCGGCAGAAGCGGAAACCGCGGACGCUGAUGCAUUGUUGUUUUCACCCGUCGAUGGACUUAAAAUCGAAGAACCGAUGAUGAACGGCGACGACAAUAGUCUCGAAAAAACGCAUAAACGACUUGCGGUACCUAUUUCGAGUGAUGUCACGUCGACUGUAUCGCCAAUCGUCAAUAGCGAAACCGAUGAUGUUGAAAAACCAGGACCCACCGUUAAGGACGAAGCGUGUUCCACCGGGACCGUCGCGUUAAACGUUUACGUAUCGUAUAUUUUUUCCGGCGGAUAUUAUUCCAAAGUAUUGGCUCUGUUGCUGGUGUGCGUUCUCACUCAAGUAUUCGCGUCCGGUGCGGACAUCUGGAUACGCGUUUGGUAACUUCCAAUAAUUUAUUAUUAUAGUAUACAAAUUUACACAUAACUAACUACAGAUUUUAUCGAACCGAAAUCGUUGUAAACAAUAUCAUAAAUAAACGCUUAUAUACCGAUACUGCCAUUCCCAUCCUUAAUCGUGUUAGUCAUUAUUAUUGCUUAUUGUACAUAUUUUGCGAUAAAUAAGUUAUUUUUAAUUUAAAAAAGCUUAUCUGUAAGGCAAAAUCGAGUUUCUCAAAAAAAUUUGCAAACGUGUAGUGAAAAAGAAUCAAACGUUUAGGUACCAUAAUAUCAUUCACUAAAAAGUCCAGGGACUGGGACCUGAACUACCAUUGAAACUCAUAUUUAUCAAUUUCAUCAAAUAAAAAUAUAUUACUACCAAAAAUAUUUUGGGUUCUUUUAGAUUUUAUCAGUUUCACGGAAUUAUGUAUAUAAAUCACGAUUGCGAAUUAUAUAAAUUAAUUAUAUCGUGCUGAAUUAUAAUUAGUGUAAAAUAUAGAUUUGCGUUUAUUGGAUAUAAUGCAAUAUUUUUUAGAAUUUUCAGAAUUCUGCGAUCCAUGCAUAUAAUAUAUUACUUUGUUAUCUUUUGAUUUGUUCGUUGUGUUUAUUAUUAUACUUGUAUACCACCAAAAGUUCAAUGCUGUCCGCUGGACGUGCUAACUGCGCAUAUUCAUGCAUCCUAGUAACAUAGUAGGAAUACAAAUUCAAGCUAACCACUAUUAACCAAUUAAUAUUGCUGUUAAAUGGAAGAGAGGAUUGAUUACAGCGAUAAGGCGCUGUAGAAGCCUUUAGAUUAAAAAACAUAAUUUAACUGAAGUUUGAAACUGGUAUUAACCGAAAUGAGAAUGGCAAUUUAUAUUUAUUUUAUAACCGAACAAUUUAAAAACAUAAAGUUUCCAGUCCCUGCUAAAAUUACAAAAAGUGUAAGUAUACCUCCAAUAAAUCAUCAUAUUUUAUUAUAAUCUUCGGGCAAUUUAUCCACAUAUUUUCGGAACAGACAUGUAGUUUUCUCACCAAUAUUUUACCUUUAUUUACUCAUUAUAGUUUUAUUUUUUUUUUAAUUUAGCUAUAACUUUAAUUUCGUGGAAAGUAAAAACUGAAAUUCCUUUUUAUUUUUUUUUCAAAAAGAAGAAAAUUAACCUUUUCUCAGAAAAGAUAUUUGUUGUAUUUGAAUAAAGUUUACUUUAAACCACAUUUUCAGUCUUUUAAAAACCAUUUAAAAGCUGUAUACUAAGAGAACAUGUUCUAUUAAGCAAAAUCAAAACGUGAAAUAUAAUACUUUUAAGUACUUAUAUGCAAUAUACAAUUUUGGAUUUGACAGAAUCAUUGCAACAUAAACAAUGCUAGGUUUUCAACAUUAAAAAACUCCCGAACCCUGAUCAUAAUAGCAUAACUGUUUGUAUAUCUACAGGCUAAAUUUAGAAGAACAAAUUUACCGCAAAGAUAAACAUAAUUAUGAUGUUUUAACGUCCAUCUCCAGCGACAGCAGUAAUAGUACAUCAUCGACCGCCAAUAGUUUUGCCGACCAACUCUUAUCGUUGUUUGUCAUGUCCAGAUCAAAUUGUAUCGUCGUCUUCGCUACGCUUACGUUUUUGAUUAUCGUAUCAACUUUUUUUGAAUCAGCAUUGCUGAUAUCCGUGUGCACCACAGCCUCUAUGAAUUUACACAAACGCAUAUUUAAUUCAAUCACUCACGCAACAAUGCGUUUUCUAAACACCACGCCGUCGGGUAAUACGCUGCAAUUUUGUAUUUAUUUUAGAUUCUGAGUGGAGCGAGGAAUGUAUUGGUUUCACAAUGAUAUUUAUUUUAUUAUUAUUAUUUUAUCUGUAAACAACUUUUCUAUCAGAAAUUUGACUCCGAUUUUAAAGUAUAGCACUUUAUCUGAAAGGAAAUCUGACUGGAGUGGUACUUUAUAACGUGAUUAUUUUUUGACGCUCUCGUGAGUUUUCAUAAUAAAUGAAAAAAUGAAAAAAUAUACAAAACGUAUUAUUUUAAAAUAUUAAAUAUUAUGACUUUUUAAAACAUGUAUAACCGAACUCCGCUUAGAAUCGUUUUUUGUUAGCAAAGAUUAAUCCUUGCAUACAGAUAUACAUUAAAUUUUUCUUUACAUCUUACCUUCCCAACUUCUCACCUACAACAAUGCUUCACUUAUCGUGCGAAGUAUAUCUGUAUCGUUUUUUUUUUUUUAAUACUUCAAUUCUAAAAGCAAAUUUUAAUAGUUAUUUGUUCACAUUGCAGGUCAGAUACUCAAACGGUUUUCAAAAGAUAUUGAAAUAAUCGACGAAGUAUUGCCGUCCGUGCUCAUUGAAAUUAUACAAGUAUAAUCUAUACUAUCUAAUCUAUCAAUACUAUAAUCAAUUAUAGUAUUGAAACUAUUGCAUUUUAGUUGAGUGAGUUUUAUAAAUUAUAUCAUGUACCGUAUUAUUGUAGAUUGGAUUGACAGUGAUCGGAAUAUUGAUAGUGGUUGGUAUCGUGACUCCGUAUUUGAUUCCGAUCACGUUGCUUAUGAUGAUAUUUUUUUUCAAAAUGAGAACGAUAUAUAUGACUACAACCCGUAACGUUAAACGUUUAGAAGAAAUCGGUAAGAUUAUUUUAAUGUACGUAGUUAUUAUAAAAGAUAGUAUGUUUACGCACUAAACAAAUUAAAUUUAAUAAAUAUUUUAUAACAAAAAGUAUAAAUAUUAAAUAUAUAAAACCCAGAUUCAGUUUCUUAACUGAAUACGGCUGAAAACGUUUACUUUUGGAAAUUCUAUUUUAAAAACUGAUAACUCUACUCAGUGGAGCCGAAGUCAUAAAAUAUAAACAAAAGUAAAUUUUAAGAAGCCCCAAUAUCUAAAUACAAUCUUUUUUAUCGCCGAAAUUUAAUUAGAAUAAGUUUUUAUUUUUGUAAUUUUUGUACCUUCUCAACUUUCCACGUAAAAUAGUGGCACAUCCGUCCCCAGUAUCAGAUCAGAUUCACGUUCAUUUAUUUUAGAUUUUAGAGCAUAGCGAGAGAUAUAUUGGUUUUAUUAUGGUGUGUAGUUUUUUUUUUUUUGCGUCUGUGAGUAACUUUUGUAUUAGAAUUCUUACUCCGAAGUAUCAAGUGUAGUAUUUUUUCUAAACUGUGAUUUUAUCUAGUUGAUGCAUUUCAAAGGCCAUUUUUCGAUUUUUAAAGAAGUUUUCAAAAUAAUUUAGAAAAACCAAAAAGAAAAUUAUAGGUAAAAUGAAAAUAAUUACGGAGUAACUCGGCGUUACUGAUUUUAUACUUUUAAACUUUUGCAGACUAUGUUUUAUACUAAAAGUAUUACUCCAAUUGAAAAAUGAUAUAAAAUAAAUGUUGUCUUUUAUAUUUAGACAAAGUAUUUUUCAUAAUAAUUAGGAAACAAAAAAAUUAUAAUUGAUUUAAUUGAUUUAAGGCAACUUGGCGUCCUGGUCUAACUAUUUUAAUUUUUGCAAUCUAUGUCUUCUACCAGAAAUCAUGUACUAAUUGAAAAAUUUAAAUCGAUUAUGUUUCGUUUAACCAAUGACCGAGAAAGUUAUUUUUUCGAUAUCUACAAAGCAGUUUUAAUUAUAAUUUAGUCGUUUUUAUUAUAAUUGGGAAAAACUAAAAAAUACGAUUUUUUUUCAAAUUACGGCGCAACAAUUUCAUUCUUUAAAAUUUGUAAGAUUAUAUUUUUCUAUUAGAAAUUUUAGUCGGGAUUUGGGAUUAGGAACAAUUUAAUUGAACUCGAGCAGUUGGUUCCCGGGAAUGUCGAAAAACUUUGUGAUGGGAUGUUUACGGAAGGCACUAAUUCGGAGCAAAAUAUAGGUACAUAUUAUACACACACACUAAACUGAACAGGCAUGUAAACCUCACAUGGUCGAAGUCAUGAAUAAAGUCGCGAAUAAUACAGCUAGUAUACUACUAAUUUGUAUAAUAAAACAUUUAGGAAAACAAACAAAUGUGGCACUGGCAACGCCGGACAGGACAGCUAGCUUUGUCCUGAAUGGCUAGCUGACAGAUAUUCAACGCACAGUCUAAACUGCUAGGGGUUAUCAACUUAAUUCUUUCACAAUAAGUAUUUUUAAUACCAUAAGCACUAAGCAAGCAUUUUUGAAAAUUUUUAGGUUUUUGAUAUUUUUAGAAACAAAAAUUAAAUUUUAUUAGUUGAUUUAUAGGUUUUCCUAAUUUGGUUAUCAUGAGCAAGAGAACUAUUAUUAUUAUUAUUAUUAUUACUGUUAUUUAUAAUAUUUAUUAUAUUUUUACUAUAUUUGUGUAAUAUACAAAUAUUAACUAUUAAUAAAAUUAUAACUGGCAAAAAUGUUUAACUAUAAUUGGGAUAUGAGUAGAAACGGGGAGACGCGAGAAAAUAUGUUUUAAAAACAUUAAAAAAUAAAUGUUUUCGUUCAACACCAACACGAAAAAAGUCGUGCGGAAUAUUCUUUCCAAUGGCGAGCGGGGUGAAGAGGGUUAUGAUCCCCGGAAGGUCGACAUGCUUCUUCACGGCGAAGAGAACAAAGAGACUGACUUCGAAAUGGGAUAUUCUUGGGAAGGUCAAGGGAAAGGUUCCCAACGGGAACCCAUUAAUUGAACUUAAACAGUUGGUUCACGAGAAAGUCGAAAAACUUUUUAACGGGAAGUUUCCACAGACACUAAACUAUACGAACAUGUAAAUUGUACAUAGGUGAAGUCGUAGAAAAAGUCACUGGUAAUACAGCUAUAUUUGUAUACUACAAAUUUGUAAACCUAAGUAUUUGAUCCAAUAAAAAAAGUUGCCCGGGCAACGACGGCUACGACAGCUAGUAAACUAUAUACCUAACUCUAUCUUUUCAACUUUCCACCUUCAACAAUGGUAUACCCAUUAAAUGCAACAGCUAUUUUUUUAUAGCCUUAUAACGUUUUGUAUUGGUACUUGUCAUUAACAUCCUAUUUCUAAUUUAAAACAAUAUAUUUUAUAAUAUUUUUAAACUGUAUAUUAAAUAAUAUAUUUCAACUCAAUAUUUUAGCUCAAAGUCCCAUGCUUACCCAUGUGAAUUCGUCAAUUCAAGGGCUAACGACGAUAAGAGCAUUUAAAGUACAAAAAAUACUUUGUCAAGAGUUUGCCAGCCAUCAAGUAAGACAACAUAAACUACAAUUAAAUAUGUACAUAAUUAUAACGUUAUAUAUUUAUCGUGAUCAAAAAAUUUUAGGAUUUACAUUCUUCGGCUUCAUAUUUAUUUAUGACUUUAAGUAGAGCAUUAGGUUUUUGGAUAGAUUUUUCCUGUCUUAUCUAUAUAAGUAUGGUAACGUUUUAUUUCAUAGUAUUUGUCAACGGUAAGUGUUCCAAUAAAAACAACUUUAUAAUUGAAUCGCUUAUUUCAGUAUCCCCUAAGUCCACUUUCUCACUUUUUGAGAUAACAAAAACUGUCUUAUGGUUCAAAAACUGUUAGUUUCUUUAAAAUUCCAAAAAUAAUUAAAAAUACUCGACUACUUCGCUUACAAAUAUAAGAAUACAAAUGUCGUUUAAGCUCAAUUCCAUACUGAGGGAGGGGAAAAAUAUUUUGUAAUUUUUAAUACAGGGAGAUCAAUCUAUCGUAAGACACUCGUUAUCUCGGAAAAAAAUUAACAUUUUCCGAAAUUUGUUUUCUAGAAUAUUUAAGAAACAAGCUGUUCUACAGUUUUAUAUUUAUGUAAUUUUUGUGUCACCCUUAUUUUCGGGGGUAAACCACUACCUAAUUUUGAUUUUCAAAUGACAACCUAUAAUAAAAAUUCCAUAAAUAGAUGAAGUAUUCGUCAAAAUAAAUGUUGGUAUUGAAGUUUUUCAUUUCCGUCAAUCUGUUGACGAGAUAUCCCAUUUCUAAGUUUGGGUUUGGGGAGAGUAAUGGUGCAUUAUUAACACGCCUCGUACCGUACCGCCAUACAACUCCUCCACUCUCCUCCAAUCGAAACUUAAAAGUGAUAUAUCUCGUCAAUGGAUUGACGGAAAUCAAAAAUGUCAACACUGAAAUUUAUUUUAAAUAAUACUCAAUCUAUUUAUGUAAUUUUGAAUAUAGGUUUCUGUUUGAAAAUCAAAAGUAGGUAGUGGUUUUAACCCUAAAAAUAAGGGUGACAAAAACUAAAAUAAAUUUAAAAAUUUAUAGCAGUUUGUUUCUAAAAUGCUCUAGAAUAUAAAUUUCGGAAAAAGUUAAUACUUUCCGAGAUAAUGAGUGUCUUAUGAUAGAUUGAUCAUCCCAUGUACCUAUGGAGUUUCUGCAGUAAAUAACCUUAAUAUGCUCUGUUUUUUUUUUCGCUUCAUAAUCAUUCAAAUAAUCAGUAUUGAGGUAUACAUAAUUGAAAACAAGUAAUUAUGAUAAGACUGAGUAUACGUAUAUUUUUAAUGAAAAAAAUCGCAUUUUAAAUGAUUCGCUUAUUUCAGAAACCCCCUAAUUAUAGAAAGAUGAAAAAAAUCAAUCAUUAAAACACACAUUUAUGUAACGGUGCAUGUAAAGAAACAAAUGUUCAUCCAAUUUAACAGAUAAACGUAAAAUAGUUAAUUUUGUUUUUUUUAGCGUUAGGGGGUUUUUGAAAUAAGCGACUAAAUUAUUAUACUUUUAAUACAUCUUUAAAACGAUUGACAUUUUUUUAUGUGAAAAUAAAACAAUGUAUUUAAGAUUCGUACGGAGGAAACGUCGGUUUGGCUAUUACGCAAGUAGUCGGAUUGGCCGGUAUAAUACAAUGGCUGGUGAAAAUAUCGACGGAAUUGGAAAAUCAAAUGAUAUCCGUCGAAAGAGUUCUGGAAUACACGGUAAUAGAACAAGAAUCGGUUCACAAAUCGACUCAAGGUAAUUGAAUGACCUAAAAAAAUCUUAUAAAUAAUUCUUUUAUCUAAUUGUUUUGAUGAUUGGUUAUUUUUGUAGACAUAAAACCACCAAAAGAAUGGCCUAACGAAGGCAAAAUAAUAUUCAAACAUUUCUACCUACGUUACGACCUGGACACACCACACGUUUUAAAAGAUCUCAACAUUGUUAUUGAACCCACUGAAAAAGUAAUAUGUCGAAUAUGUUAAUUAUAUACGAUUAUUAUUUCACGGAAAUGUAGAUACCCACAACUAUACGUAAUUCGUAUUUUGAUAUGAAAAAUACUUCUUUAAUUCGUUCAAAAAACAAAAAUUCCCUUAAAAAUUUAGAUUCUUGUAUAAAAACACAUUAUUUAUCGCGAUUCACUUCAUCUAUAUACACUAUACAGUGUAAUUCUCAAAGCGUGCUCAUUCCAUUUUUUCGGAUAAAUUGUAUUUCAUUUUAUUUUACAAAUAUGAACGGACUAGUGUCCUAUUAUAAAAUUCAAUACUGUGGUGCACAAUAAUUGGUUAUAUGCAUUCUAAUUCUGAUUUUCGGAAUUUUAAAUGUAAUUAAAGCAGAUAUUUUCGAAUAAUUAGAUUUUUCACGUCAUUUAAGGAGUAUCCUCUGGCGAUACCAACAUUAGUUUUUCAAAUGAGAACCUACGUUAAAAAUUCCAUAAAUGGAAAGAGUAUUAAUUUAAAUACAUUUUUUGUCAAAAAUUUAAAAUGUUUGAUUCCCGUCAACUCAUUGACGAGAUAUUUAAUUUUUAGUUUAGAUAGGGGAGAUUAGUGGAGCACUAAUAAAACGCCACCCGCCGUGCCAUCUCACAAAUAAUACUCCACUACUCUACCCCUACCUAAACUUAAAAAUGGAAUAUCUCGUCAACGGGUUGACGGAAAUCAAAAACUUUGAUGCCAAAAUGUACUAAAAUUAAUACUCCUAUUUAUGGAAUUUACAUUUGAAAAACCAAAAUCGGUAUCGCCACAGGAUACUCCUUAAAUGUUGUGAAAAAAUGGCUUAACCAAAUAUUUAUUCAUGUUCCCAAAAUAUUUUUGACUAGGUAAUACAUUAUCAUAAAAUCAUCAAUUAAUAUAAUUAUAAAUCGUAUGAGGUAUUUUGUCAAUAGUAUUGAUAUUUGAUACAUAAUUGUAAUUUUCCACGUUUUUAUUCGCCUUGAUUUUUGUACACUCUAAGUGAUAUUUACAGUAAAUUAUGGUGCUCACAAACCAUGGUGGCAGCGGUAGCGAAAUUUCUGCGAUACGGGGAUGAAAUAAAAUAUCGCUGACCUAACCUAACCAAAGUGAAAUAUUACAGCGAAAUCGCGUAGUAGUAGUAGUAUAGGUCUUUUAUAAUAUUUCAUUUUUAUCUCGUUUUAACUUUCGAUAAUUAUAUUAUACCUAUACACUACGGACCACGUAUAUUUUCAAUCUUACACGUGUGACUUACUUUUCGACUUUACACUUGCUUGAUCGGUAUUUAUUUAUUUCACAUUUGUGUCAUCAUGGACAAUCAUUAUACUGAACAUGAUGAUAAUACUUUAAUACUUUAUACAAACGUCCAACGAACAAACUAAACGAAUGUUGUUAAUACGCCGAGUACCUAUGUACCUAUAGUAAUUAUAGAACAUUUAUCAUAUUUUAUCAUCGAAGUAUGUAUCGGACUUUACGUUUAGGUGUAGCUUAAAUACAGAUAAAAAUUAAUUUACUGAUAUUACAAAUGCACUACGCAAUAUUCUAUCGUAUAUAUAAUUGUUAACUGACUACCAUGUUCAGUUUGUAAAUUUAUUUACCGCGGCGUUAAGUGAAAUAGUAGUGCGUACAACGAAAAAAAAUAAUUUCACUUCAGGUGUUGCGGUAAAAUUACCGCUGUGAAAAAUUUCGCUUUGAUAUGUGGUCUCUCAUUUAAAUGUAUGAAAACAAGUUCCCGCUGCCACCGCCGCUACUGCUCUGGUUUGUGAGCACCUCUACGCGUCUUUUUUUUUAUCUGUAAUAUAAAUAUACCUAUAUAGUAUACGUCUAAUUUUUGGGAAUACGAGGUACUAUUUUGACACUAACGAUAUAUAUAUAUAAAUUUAGUCUCAAAGAAAAGGGGCUUAAGUCAAUUUAAUAAAACCGAAUUUUACAUUUUGAAAAUUACAAAUGGACAAAAAUGACGGAAUUUAUUGAAAAUUAUGAAAAAAAUUGCACAAGAAAACUAUAAACAGUUUUUUAAAAAUUGACUUUUUGAUUUUUUGAGACCAAAGAUAUAUAAAAGAAGAAACUGACUGACUGAUUUACUGACUGAUUGGCAAUGCACAGCCAAAACCGCAGCGUCCAAAACUUGAUAUGCACAGAGAUUUUUUAUAUUAUUAUGUAGGACCUACAUUACUUACACAAUUUAAAUUAUUAUCUGUUAUACUAUUCCUAACUACCAGAAUUAUAUUUACAAUUUAUCUACAUCAUUAAUAACGUAUUUAUAACUUUGGUACACCCCGUUGAAAAUGCAUUAUAUAGAUACGACGAAGUCGCAUUUAAUAUCACUGAGUUUUUAUUUUUAGGUCGGAAUUGUCGGCAGAACUGGUGCGGGAAAAUCGUCUUUGAUCCAAGCACUGUUUAGAUUGGCUUUCAACGAGGGAAGUAUCGUUAUCGACGACGUGGAAAUCCAUGAUUUGGGAUUACACGAUUACCGAUCGAGAAUUUCCAUUAUUCCACAGGAACCGAUUUUAUUUUCGGGAACGAUACGCACAAAUUUAGACCCGUACAACGAAUAUAACGAUCACGAACUCUGGAACGCUUUAUAUGAAGUAAAUAAUAUAUCUUCUAUAAUAGUAUACGUUUUAUUUUUUAAGAAAAAAAAUAUUUGUUGUCAAUUUGAUACGUUUAUAAGACAGGUAUUUAAAAACUUAUUUCAUUAUUCGUUCUUUAUUAUUUUUUUUAGGUAAAUCUGAAAAACAUCGUGGACAAUUUGCCAAAAAAACUUAACUGGAUAAUGUCGGAAGGCGGAUGCAAUUUUAGCGUCGGUCAAAAACAAUUGAUGUGUUUGGCCAGAGCUAUUUUACGAAAAAACAAAAUCAUCGUGCUGGACGAAGCCACGGCCAACGUCGAUCCUCAGUAAAAUAUUAUAAAAUUAUUAUCAUCUAUUGCGUGUGCUUACGAGUGUUACUCCACUCGUUUUUGGAUAAUACGAGUAAUUAUAUUAUUUUUCAGGACAGACGCUCUGAUCCAAGAAACGAUCCGUAAUAUAUUCCGAACGUGUACGGUGCUGACGAUCGCUCACCGCUUGAACACGAUUAUGAAUUAUGACAAAAUACUCGUAAUGAACGACGGCACGGUGGUGGAAUUCGACCGUCCAUUUAAUUUAUUGAAAAACACCGACGGAUAUUUUUAUAAAAUGGUCGAACGAACGGGACGGAACACUGCUGAUUUGCUACAUGACAUAGUCAAGGCCAACGAGGUAUUAUUAUUAUUAAUAUUAUUAGGGCAGAUAUUUAUAUGAUUUUGCAUAUUUGUAUGGGCUGGUAUGAAAAAUAGCUAGUAUAUACCAACUACCUAGUUUAUAGCUAGUACCUAUUAACUAUUUAGAAUUUGUUUUUCAGAAUAUUCAAGAAAUUAGUUUUUCUAUAAUGUUACAUUACUCUUUUUUUUGUCAUCCUUAUUUAGGGGUUGAAAAUGCUACCUACUUUUGAUUUUCAAAUAGCGACCUACCUAUACGAAAAAUUGCAUAAAUAGAUGGAGAAAACCACAUAUUAGUAUAAAUAAAUUGUGAUUUGUGCAGUUUUUUAAUUUCCUUUAAUUCCGUAGUCCAUUGAAAAUUUAAUACAGAAAAAUUUUACUGACUGUCUGUGUGUGUAUCUCACAAAAAAAAAAAAAAAAAAUAGUAGGCAAUGAUUGUAUUUAUAGAUUUCGUAACAAAAUAUUAUAAUAUUCCAUGUAGGAAAUACUCUUACUAGUAGAAGGAUGAGUAACUGGGGAAAGUCCACAAUUGAAUGAAAGUUUGGUUUAUAAUUGUUCGUUUAGACAGGGAUAGUGGGUAUUCACUAAAAAAUACCCUGAAAUUUGUGAUUUUUUAAAAUAUACUAAUACAUUAAUAAUAAUUAUAAUAAUAAUAAUAGUUAAAAUAAUUUGGAAACUGUUUUGUUUAAGUGUCACAAUAACGAAGUGCAACAGACGAAAACUGCAGAAUCUCCAAAAACGACACAUAUUGAACAUACAUCAUAG